AUGCCGUCCCUCCUCCCUCUCCUCACCCUCCUGGCCCUGGCCCUCACAGCAUCAGCAGCCAACUCAAUAAAGUUCAUCAACCACUGCCCGCACAACAUCUACUUCUGGACGGUAGGGCCCGGCACCGUCGAUCCUCGCGGGCACGACUGGGAGCACAUCCUAGUGCCAGGCAGCGGCGGCUCAGUAGUGCACGGCAUGGUGAACACAGAGCUGCUAGGCGGCGGGUUCUCCCUCAAGAUGCGCGACGUGCCCAGAUACGAAGUCGCGCCUGCGGGCAUCAUCCAGGUCGAGUACCACCUCGAGCCAACGCGGAACCGCAUCUGGUACGAUCUGUCGGCCAUCAACUGCAACCAUGCGGCCGGCAACAUGGAUCCGGCGUUCUGCCCGCUCAUCGCUGGCGGGUUGCGGGUCCAUGUGCCUGGUCGUAAGGAGGGCCAGUGCCCGCCGGCUUGGUGCUCAGGCGGCGGCUGCUUCAACACGUACUUGACGCAUGGCAGCUGGCUGGGCGAGCCGACGUUUGCGUGUGAUGCCGGCGUGGAUAUCAUGGUCGAGACGUGCACCGAGGGCGUUGGGCCGAGGACGUUCGACGGUCAGAUAGAACUGCCUGUUGAGUCUGCUCCUGUUCAGCCGGGGAUGUUGUCGCUGGAUGGGAGUUGUGGUGUGAAAGAUGGUGGGGGCGGGAACGGGUAUGUGUGUGCUGGGUCGCGUUGGGGGGAAUGUUGCUCAGAGUUCGGCUUCUGCGGUAACUCGCCAGUUCACUGCGCUGCUGGGUGUCAGAAUCCUUUUGGCACUUGCACGCCGUCGAGUCCGAUGAGCGACUACGACUAUAUGGCUGCUGUUGCAGUGGCUGAUAUAGAAGUCGAGACGGCGCGCGUCACUGCCACCAAGACAACUAUGCAGACGAUAAUUGCGACGGAGACGAGGGGUGGGCACCCAGUACCCAGUAAGGCAUAG